AUGAUUGAGAACGUUGUUAACGACGAGUUAAUGUGUGACAUUACACACCGUGGCUACUUGUUUUUCUUUUUCGCCUGGUUCCACGCCAGCUUUGCCUUUCUUUUCCUUUGGGAAAAGUUUGCUUCUUUCUUUGGUUCGGUCUGCGCUUCAGCCAGUAGUGGUCGCCGACCAUUGAGUAAAACACAAUCGGAGGUGAUUGGAGAGCUUUUUGUCCUUUGCGAUGGCAAAAUCACACCGAUCGCCUUGGCAAACAAAAACUCCUUGGUGUCUUCUUCUUCUUCUGUGUCUUCUUUCGCUGCUGUUGGGCCAUCUCCUUCCGAUGCGCCCUCCUCUUCUGGGGUCCUCUCCUCUUCUGUUGUUCCUUCUCCUUCUGUUCUUGCCCGUUCUGCUGCUGCUCCCUCUUCUACUGCAGCUGAGCCCUCUCCAGCGGCUGUUGCUUUUUCGUCUGUGUUUCUCUCUCCUUUCGACGUGCCCUCUGUGGAGUCUGAGACUAGUAAGCAGUCUUUCGUCCUUCGGUCGGCGCCCGUCUCGUCCCAAAACAUGGACAGACAAUUCAGCUCCUUGGACUUUGCGCGUGUUGCGGGCUUGCCUUGCCCUAGUGAUGGUAACAUGCCUACAAUCGGGCAACCCAUCCAAAACGUAUCUUCUGGGGUUUCUUUUGGUGUUGGCUGUGAAGCCAUCACCCAAGCCUUGCUUGCGGCUGGUGUUGUUCCUGCUCCCGCUUUUGGUGGAGAUUGUGGUCCUUCCGUGAGUUGUCCUUUGGCCGUUGGUGAAGUCUUUUCUCCCCUCCUUGUUUCUGGGGAUAUGUCUGAUACAUCGGUUAAUGAUGUAUCCGACAUGGAUGUCGAUGACGUGGUUGCUCCUGCUUCUGGGGAUUCUGGUGUUCUGGGUGAGAGUGUAGCUUCUCCCCUGUUUCCUUCGGGACCGUCUGUCGCCUUGGCUCCUGCCACAGAAACGUUUUCUGGUACCUGUUUGCCUCCUUGCGGUCUGGACUUGCUUUCUGCUACUGUGUCCGCCGUUGCUGUGGAGGAUGGUUUGGUUGGUGAUGUUUCUUCGCCUUCUUGCGGUCUGGAUUUGCUUUCUGCUGCUACGUCCGCCGUUGUUGCAGAAGAUGGUUUGGUUGGUGGUGGCUGUUCCGCCGAAAACGAUUCUGGUGUGGCUGUGGCUUCUGUUGUUUCUGUGCCCCGUCCUGUGGCCACUCCUCGUCGUCUCCGUUCCGGUGGUCGUGCUGAGGUGUCGUCUGCUGUUUGUGCUGUUCCUGUUGCAGCUACCGUUGUGGAUGCUCCUCUUUGUUCUCCUGCUUUUUCCUCUUCUCUUUCCGAGAACCAACAGAGUCGAGGUAAGCGACGAAAUGACGCUCCUCCUCCUCCAUCGACCGUUCGCGCUUGCUUUGUUCGUCCUUUGGGCGACAGAAAGUUGUCUUUGUCCGGUUCUUCGGAUGUCAGCUCUUUGUCUGUUGCUCCGGUUGCUUCUGUCGGUUCCGUUUCUUCUUUUCCUGUUGUUGCUUCGGUCCCUUCUUUUGACUCGUUCGGUUCUGUCGCUGCUGUUUCCUCUGCUGUUCCUGUUUCGGCUGUCUCCUCUGUCUCUUCUGUCCCUGUCGUUGAGGGACCGUUUAUCACUGUCUCUCCCGUACGCCCCAUGGCAAAGCCUCGCGUAGCUCAUUACGAGAAGGCUAGGGAGAGAUUAGUGUUGAAGGCCCUCUUCGAUAGGGCAGAAAAAGAAGAAGAAGACGAAGAGAAAAAAGAGAAGGAGAAGGAAGAAAAGCGCUCUUCUUUGUUCAGAAGAAAAUAA